AUCCACACUCGAGACCCCUCUCCGGCUAUAAAAGGCCAGCCCUAGGGCUCGGUCCGCCUCAGCGCGUCCCCAUUCCGAUCCGUUGGCUUUCUGUUCAUCCAUUUCCCCUCCCGGCGCCGCCUCCAGCCUAGGGUUUCCUCCCGCCGUCCGCCGCCAUGGCUCGCCGCAGCGGAGGAGGAAGGUCUUCCCGCCCUGCUCCACGUGCUGCUCCAGUGAGAAACCCACCAGCGCCAGCCCGUCAAGCUCCUCCACCUGCUACUACCCAGAGCAGCGGUGGUGGUAUCAUGAGUGGAAUUGGGUCCACCAUUGCUCAGGGCAUGGCUUUCGGUACUGGCAGUGCCAUGGCGCACAGGGCUGUUGAUGCUGUGAUGGGUCCCCGCACCAUUCAGCAUGAGACUGUUGUCGGUGAGGCUGCUGCAUCUAUGACUCCAAUGGACAAUGCUGCUGAUGACAAGUGUGGCAACCCUUCCAAGGCCUUCCAAGAUUGCAUCAACCACUACGGAAGCGACAUCAGCAAGUGCCAGUUCUACCUCGACAUGCUGAACGAGUGCCGCCGUGGAGGAGCAGGAGCUGGUGCAACUCUUUAAGCUACUAUCUUUGCUUGAUUGCGGCUUAAUUGGUCGGAACCUGUUUUCAGUCAUGAUGAUGAUGAUAUAUAUCUCCUAAAUAAUUCAUUGGCAAUAUUAUGAACCUAUGCCACAGCUUAUGUCUAUUACCUACCCUAGUUUGUGGUCUCUGUUGUCCUGGGAGUAUUUCCUUGUAUUGAUGUUGGAAUUACCUUCAUGGCAGUGGGUUUAUAAAUAUGGAGUUUAAAUA